AUGGAGGAUGAUACAGACAGCCAACGUGAAGAAUCCCCGUUACUGGGAAAUCAGACCACAUCUCCCGUUUCGGGUGGUCGAUCGUCAACGGAUCCUCCAAAGAUAACACCAGUACCGUGGGGUCAAGUGAUAAUAGUCGUGAUGACCUUGCUAGUCGAGCCGCUAGCUUCACAGACGAUAUUCCCAUUCGUCGCCAAGUUGGUGAACGAACUGGAUGUCACUAAGGGAGAUACAAAACUGACAGGAUAUUACGUGGGAUUCAUUGAAUCCCUUUUCUUCUUCUGUCAAGGUUGUGCUGUUCUUCACUGGGGUAGAUUAUCAGAUAGGAUCGGCAGGAAGCCUGUCCUUCUGAUUGGGCUUUCUGGGACAUGCCUCUCAAUGCUCUGCUUCGGAAUGUCUACAACAUACCCAGGAGUAGUCAUUAGUCGAGGAAUGUCAGGACUACUGAAUGGAAACAUUGGAGUAACGAAAACAGUGCUGGCUGAAUUGACGGAUGACACAAAUAGGCCAACAGCACUUGCCGUCUUCCCCUUUGCUUGGCUUGUAGGUGCCACUUCUGCUGCCCUGAUUGGAGGAACGCUUCAACAUCCCCAAGAUAAAUUUCCUAGACUAUUCGGAAACGCAUUCUGGUCAAAACACCCGUUUUUCCUCCCCUGUUUCGUUGUUUCUUCAGCAAUAGCAACUGCAUUCCUAUCCGCACUUUUCUUCCUAAACGAGACCUUAAAGACGAAGGAGCCUGAUGCGCCAUCGACACCAUACGGGACUUUCCCAGCUAGUAGCACAUGCAGCAACCAGCAUCAAGUCGGGGCGGCUCCUACUCCGAAAGCACCCACAUUGAAAGAAGCUCUUACCCGCCCAGUCAUCAUCGCAAUCCUCAACUACGCGUUGGCCGCGAUCCUAGACAUCGCAAUGUUCGGCAUGUUCUCCGUAUACCUAGCUGUCCCCAUCUCGUCAGGGGGACUGAACCUUCCUCCAGAAAAAGUGGCCCUAGCGAAUGCAAGCUUGGGACUGCUUCUGGGUGGGUCCCAGGCUUUGCUUUUGGCGAGACUCGUUCGAUGGUUGGGGCCGAGGAAGUUACUAAUGUCAUGUCUUUCUUGCUCACUGCUGGUGUUUUUGGCGUUCCCGAUGGUUCAUUUGUGGGUCAAACACACGACGCCCGAGAAUGGAACGUCGAGAUGGCUAUGGAUUGGGAUUGUCUUGAUCACUAUACCGUGGGCCAUGUUUGAAAUGGGUGGAGUCACCAUUUUCUUAUUCAUCACCAGUGCUUCUCCCUCUCCACAGCAUCUCGGGACUGUCAACGGAGCCGCACAAACCGUCAUUAGCUUCACUCGAGCAUUUGGCCCUGCAGCCGCAAACAGUCUAUUCGCAUUCUCCGUUAAACAUGAUAUUCUCGGAGGCUACGCCGUUUACCUCGUCCUAUCCUUCGUCACACUCGCCGCAUUUUAUUCUGCAAGCCUUUUACCGAAAGAGAUUGCCUCCACUCCCUCCCAUUGAUAGAGUGAAGAAUGUUUCAUAUUUUGCGAACAUUUACACCCAUGUCGCGAAUAGGUUUGCGCAUGCUUGCUGGGGUUCGUCGACCAUUGUAUUGUUAAUAGUGACGCGAUUGAUUUCCGGAGGACAAUUUUGGGGUUAGGUAGAAUGACGUCCAAUGGCAGAUAGAGUGUAAUCGUUCUUGACGGGCCGAAUGGUAGCAAUGUGUCAGUGUUCCAACUCAAUUCGUGCGCCUUUGGUUUAUUCGCCCUGAUUACCUGCACUGCAGGUCACUCUGCCUCCCCCAUAAUUAUGUAAAACGUGCCACUUUUGCUUACGUGUUGUAUUCCGCAUUGUAUUACCUGCACAGCCGUCCGGGUGAAAUUACG